AUGGGCCAAGGGCAACAGCCGGAUCUGCUGCCUCGCUCUGAGCACGAGGAUAAGCUCUCAUCAGCCCCAAAUUCACGACUCAACAGAGACAAGAUCAAGUGUCUCGACGGUCUUCGAGGUAUCGCCUGCCUCCUCGUCUUUAACUACCAUUUUUUCUGGCCAUGGACGCCCGUUAUUAUGCUCGGUUAUGGCGCGUUUCCUCCACGUGCGCCUGAGCCUUAUUGGGGCUGGCAAUCGCUCCCCAUCAUCUGUCUCUUGCAUCGCGGACGUGCUAUGGUCGCCAUCUUCUUCGCCAUCUCGGGAUAUGUCAUCUGUCGCCAUAUCCUCCGCUUGAUCCAUGAGCGCAAGCUUGAUACUGCUUAUCAGAAGCUUGCAUCUUCCGUCUUCAGGCGGGUCUUUCGCCUUUACAUCCCCCCCACUAUCAGCAUGUUCCUGGUGGCUGUGCUAGCUCAGGUUGGCGUCUUCAAGUCCGAAUUCUCCAUCUACAAGGGCCCUGACUCUCAUUACAUCAACGCUACUAUCACCCAUGCCGAUUUGGCCGAGAGCAACAUUUGCCUCAAUGGAACUGCUGUUAGAGGUGCAACAGGCAUUGCGAACUAUCUGGGUCUCGAGACCACCGCAUACCUGCGCAACACGACUGGCUACCCACUGGGAAACACCACUGAAUGGACCGACAUGCUGCUUUGUGUUAACCACACUACGCGAUCUUAUGGACCAUCUCAGCUCUACACAUUAGAAUCCGAGUACGAAGCCCAGUUCCCAAAGAACGACACCAACACGACAAAGCUAGUGGAAGAUUCGUCCGCGAUGGAGCGACUGGCAUCACUCAGCUACUACGAUGAAGACCUGGACCUAUCUCUUAAUGCCACCAAUGCUACGAACCCUCUUAACUUGACCUGGGUUCAGAUGGGCGGCUCGUGGGAAGAGCAUCCUUUCAUCCACCCCAACUUGACAUACGCCAUGAAGAACUUCACACGCUCCUAUGCUGAGUGGGCCAACCCUUUCAACUUUGGCCACUAUCAUCCCCGCUACGACCCCCACACCUUCACAAUUCCAAUGGAACUUCGCGGCUCGAUGCUCAUCUACAUCUUCCUUCUCGGCACGGCGUUCAUGAAGGCCAAGUGGCGAACGAGAAUCGGCAGUUGCUUGUCUGCGUACAGCUUGAUCUUUGGACGUUGGGACAUGGCGACAUUCUUGGGCGGCAUGCUGCUCUCGGAGCACGACAUCCGUCGAUCCUCUGAACAGCCGCCAUCAGCUGCUGGCGCGAAAGCUCGAGCCGUGGAUUUCCAGCGGACGACAAAGGGAACGGCGUUGAGGUGGGCUGGUAUAGUCUUGGCGCUUUACUUCCUCUCCUACCCUGACGCUGGUGCCGAGUAUACUCCUGGUUUCGCGUAUCUUUCAACUUGGGUACCGAGGUACUACAUUCCGCUGUCCGGAUGGAUGUUCUACCAGGCGAUGGGUGCGGUUCUUCUCGUCGCCUGUAUCAUGCGCAGUCCAGUCCUCGUUCGUAUGCUCGAAAGUCGAUUUCCACAGUAUCUGGGCAAGGUCAGUUUCUCACUGUAUCUUGUUCAUGGCCCUGUUCUGCACAGUCUGGGAUUCUGGAUCAUGCCACGACUGUUUGACAGUUUCGGAAAGAUGGGCGGUUAUGCGAUCGGAUGGGUUAUUCUUAUGGCCGUUACGUUCUAUCUGACCAAUCUGUGGAAUAAUAAGGUUGACGUUUGGAGUGUCACCGUCGGAAGAAGAGUGGAGAAGAUGCUUGCAGAGGAAUAA